AUGCCCAAUAAGACAGACCUUGUCCGGUUUGCGCGACGCGGCGGUCCCGAUUUAACGGAUGUUCGUAAUUGUUCACCCCCGGUACCGGCACCAAAAAUUACACCAGGCAGUUACGAGCCGUCUCCCUUUAACACAACCACGACGACCGAGCCUAAAACGGAGAAAUCUACGCCGUACAACCGCGACUUCAACCAGCACUUGACAGACCACGACGUGCACGCCACCUACGACUCGCAGAAGCCGGCCAACUGGGCUGCUAUCCGAGCCGCUUUGCUCCAGCGGCGGCCGUCGCUCUUGUCGUCGCGGUUCUCCGAGUGUGCAUUUGACACGUUCCAAGAGAGUAACGACCGCGCCAAGAACGAAGACGCCGUGAUGGUAAAUGUUAUGCCGGCCAUACUAGGUACAGGCGCCCGUCCGGGCCACCAGACUUUAGAGUAUAACACGCUCUUUAGUAACCUCGCACCGCUCACAGACGGCACCAUUGUGCCGCCCAAGCCCGACAUCUAUUAUGGCGCUCAUCCUAAAGAGUUGUCCCAUCCCGUGCGUGACGCGCUCAGCGACUACAUUAUACCGUCGACUCUACGGGACAAGCCUCUAGUACCCAACUUCUUUACCGAAGUGAAAGGCCCGAAUGGCAACAUAGGUGUGGGCAAACUACAAGCUUGUUACGAUGGAGCUGUUGGGUCCCGUGCCAUACAUCGUCUACAAAACUACGGAAGAGAGAAACCGCAAUACGACGGCCACGCCUAUACGUUUAGUUCCAUAUAUCACGGCGGCCAGCUUCAGUUAUACGCCCACCACGCCACGGCACCAACGACUCAAGGAGGACGACCUGAGUACCAUGUAUCCCAGGUCAAGGCGUAUGCUAUGACCAGCGAUCGCGAAACGUUUGUUCAAGGAGUCACCGCGUUCAGAAAUGCCAGGGACUUGGCCCAGGAACACCGAGACCGCUUCAUUCGGGAUGCAAACGAGGCAGUAAGACAGGAAGCUUCCCAGUCCUCUCGGGUCCUUGUUACCGAGUCACACGAAGAGGGAGGCGAACGUGAAGAAGACAACACGGCCGAAGAAAGAAAGAAUGGAACAACGCCCGGCGGCGACCCAUUCCCUGUGCUCACACCGCCUGUUACGUCGACCGCGGGCAGCGCCACGAAGAAGCAGACGAAGCGACGGUACCCAGGAUCGCCGUCGGAGGUGUCGGUCCAUCGAACGCGAGCUGGAAAGAGACUUUGCCGCUCUUCUAUUUGA